CAGGCUCAGUGGUUCCGGGUGCGGUACGGUUGCAACCCAUCAGAUGAUCAGUGGAAAAGAAAUUACACUUUUACAUAUAAGCAGAUAACUUAAAAAAAUAAGUAAAAAUAUAAAGUGACUAUAACUGGAUACCCAAGAAUGAUUCUGCUCACUUAAUAGUUUUUUUCCCCAUGUUUCAUUAUCUAUCAAAGUGAAAGAAAAACAAAAGAAUGGAAGGAGAUCAACGCAAAGAUCAUCAAUAUGAUUUGCCUUUAUCUUCCAACUUUGAACAUGUUCAAGUUAAGCAUUUUAUUUUGGACUUAAAAUGCAAUUUUGACUCAAAGAAAUUUGAGUCUACAAUGACAAUAUUUUGUCAACGCUCUAUAAAAGUUUAUCUAAAAAAUACACUUGAAGAACAGUCUGACAUAAAUCCUGAUAACAUAAGAACAGAAAGCAAACUGGAGCUUGUCAAAGAGAUUAACUGUACUAAUUGUAAUAAUUCUGGAUCUGUAGACCUACAUAGUCAUAAGAAUUCAAACAUUAUCAAAUAUGAAGCAGCUCUAAAUACAAUUACACUGGACUGUUUUGCAAUAGAUGUGAACGAUUGUUAUGUGUAUGAUUUUCCUUCACACCCCGAGGGAUUAUUUAAACAUUCUUGCACUAACAGCCCACCUUCCAACUUGCACAUUUCACAAUGUUGCAUGAAAAACUACUAUGCUUUGUAUAACAACUUAGAAAAACAAAAGCCUAUCAAUGUAACUUACACAGUGUCUGAUUGUAAGAUAACGAUGACUUUACCAAAAUUUAUUGAUCAUUGCUCCCAAGUUGUUGUCAAAAUUAUUUACAGGACACAGUGUAAUGGACCAUCAUUAAUGUGGACUUUAGAUCAAAUGCAAAGGCCAUGUGUAUUCACUAUAGGUCAUCAGAUGAACAACAGGUCACUAUUUCCAUCUCAGGAUAUGCCAAAGGCAAUGUCUACAUGGCAUUGUAAUGUAACAUUAGCAAAUGACUGGAAGAAUUUUAAUGUUAUAACAACAGGAGAAACACUGCCAGAAAAGUUUCAAGUAAAAGAUGAUGAGACAGUGUACCAUUCUUUCAACAGUUAUCCAAUGCCAGCUGCUACUUUUGCUUUAGCUAUAGGGGAUUGGUCUUCUACAAAUAUGACUGCACUGAUAAACACUAACAUCAAGGAAAAUAACAUGCCAUCCUGUGUUGUUUAUUCUCCACUAUGUCUACAUGACCAGACCAUAGACCAAUUAUGCCAGUACUUGCCUCAUUGUUUUGAAGCGCUCUAUUCAACUCUUGGGUCCUAUCCAUUAAAACAUCUCACUAUUUUCAUAGCACCUGCUUGUUUCGAUAGCCUAGGAAUGGCCUGUCCCCACCUGUUGAUUUUGUCACAGUCUUUAUUGUGUCCAGACUUGUCCAUGAUGUACAGAGUAGCUCAUGAGUUGUGUCACACAUGGUUUGGAAUUUUGACAGGACCAAAAGAUUGGACAGAAGAGUGGUUGACUGAAGGAGUCUGUUGUUAUUUAGAAGACAAGGUUCAUGGAAUUGCCAUGAAGUGGAAUCCAUAUGAAUAUCAGAGCAGAUGUAAUCUGAGAUCGUUCAUGAAAUAUAGACUUUUAUUAUCAGAAAUCAGCAACACUCCUGAACACUUACAAACACUCAGACCUAAUGCUGAUGAUAGUGUACAGGAGCCAAACUUUGUGAAAAAUGGUUUAGAUCCUGAAAAAACAGUAAUUCAAGUGCAUUAUUUAAAGGGAUUUUUUUUGUUGCGGCACUUGGAACAAAAAGCUGGAAGUGAUCAUUUUCUGUCUGCUUUAAAAAUCUUUACAAACCAACAGCUGGGACAUUUGUUUUCCUCUAAGGACUUUUUACACUUUAUUUUUAAACAGUGUCCAAACUUAGGAAAGACUGGAUUGACCGUUGACCAAGUUUGUAAAGAUUGGCUGGACAGUUCAGGUUUGCCUCAGGAACUGGACACAAUGAGCUCCGAGCUCUGCUCUCCUUACAUUCAAGACAUCUAUGAUCAGGUUGCUUCCAUCAAGUUAAGCAAAUCACUGAACCGAUCUGUUGGUAAAAAGUCAAAGCUGUCCCACAACAUACUAUCAUUGCAGUUAAUACCAGAACAGCAAGUCUUGUUUCUGGAUCUACUUGUCGAGGACUCGGUGACCUUGUCAUCGAAUGAUUUCAAAGAAUUGAGAGAAAUAUUUCAGAUUUCAACAGCCAAUCCUGAGGUUCAACACAGUUGGUGCGAACUAGUUAUUUCCCAGCAUGCCACGCGGUGGUUAGAUGACGUCAGGACUUUCCUUAUUCACCAUCAGUCAAUGGGUGUCUAUUUGUAUGGAGAGCUUAUGAUUAGCGAGCAUUCAGCUUUUCAGAAAUUGGCUUUUGAUUGUUUCUCGAAAGUGGAGAAGUUUAUGCCUGAAGGAACUCUUCAAACAGUGAAGUCAAUGUUAUUUCCUUCCUAGAUGUUGGACAAUAAGCUAGUAGGCUAGAGUACAGUUAUCAGAAGUAUGGCACAUUGUAUGCAUGUUUCAUCCAAAUGUUAGUGUACAAGAACUGGAUUACAAGUUACUGUAAUACAAGAGUGUUAGUUUAUGCCUGAGGUCUAUCAAGAUUUAUAUUUUGCUUAUUAAAAUAUAACAGACAUUAUUCUUU